AUGGUAGCUCGACAGGACUCCGAUAACCUUGCAUGGGACCGGAGUGACGAGCUAUGGGAAAAGGCGAUGAAGCAAGUCCGAUUGUCAUCCACGUGCCGCAACGUUGAAUCGUUUGCCAAGACGAUAUUGGGGCAAUCCGCAACCUUGGUAACCCCAUUAAUUAUCGGAGGCUUCAACGUGUUAUACCCUAUUCGAAUUGAAGGAUCAUCCGAUAGCUUUCUCGUUCGCCUGCCCUGCCCAAACCAGGCUGUGUUUCCAGAAGAGAAAACGCUUGCUGAAGCCGCCACGAUAGCUUGCAUCACCCAACGCACCCAACUUCCGGUUCCAAAAGUCUUCUGUCAUGGUGUGGAUCCUGAAAUUGGGCCGUUCAUGAUUAUUCGAGACCUUGGGUCUCGACGAGGCAUGGGCCAGGCCCUGGAGGCUCCCCGCGAGGAUCCUAAUGAGACGCCCAUUUUGCAUCCCAACAUUUCUGAAAGCAAGCUCAAGAGCCUGUACGCUCAAAUGGGACAGUGUUUGCUACAGCUUGCACAGCCUAUUUUUCCAGGCAUCGGUGCUCUCGUCGAGAUAAACCCGGGAUCCUACUGUGUAGCAGGAAGACCCCUCACACUUAAUAUGAUCAACAUGGUUCAGCUUUCUAAUAUCCCCAAGUCAAUUUUCCCAUCCGAAGGCACUAUAUACCAAACCGCUGAUGACUGGUACGUGGUAUUGGCAGAAAUGCAAAUUGCAACUCUCCUCUUCCAGCAUAACGACAUAGUAUUGUCAGAGGAUGACUGCAAGACCAAAUAUAUCGCUCGCCAACUAUUUCGCAGAUUAUCCAAGCAAGGCCGGCUAUCAAAGUUUGGGUUUUCUGAUGAUAACUGGUCUGCCUGCUCCAAGCACGCUCGUGCGAGGUUGCCCGCGCCGGACGGUUCGGGAUCUUUCCGCCUCUGGUCUGAUGAUUUCCGGCCAGCCAAUGUUCUCAUUGAUGAUAAUGACCAGGUUCUUGGGGCUAUCGACUGGGAAUUCGCCUAUGCUGGGCCAACGCAGUUCGUCUUGGACCCGCCCUGGUGGUUACUACUUGACGUGCCCGAGAUGUGGGAUGGUGGCAUUGAGGAUUGGGUAGCUGUCUACGAAAGACGGCUGAAAUCCUGGCUUUCGGCGGUGGAAGAGGCGGAGCAAGACAUGAGUCCCGACUCCUUCCUGCUCUCGGCGUAUAUGCGAGAGAGCUGGGCUACGGGCCGCUUCUGGCUCAAUUAUGCCGCGAGAAGGAGCUGGGCGUUUGACGCCAUCUACUGGAAGUAUUUGGAUGAGAGGUUCUUUGGUGAGCGGGAGAAAGAUGUCCCUCCGGAAGAACUGUGGAAGACUAGGGUGCAUCUUCUAAGUAAAGAGGAACGGGCGGCAAUGGAGCCGAUGGUACAGACGAAAAUGGAAGAAUCGAAAGAUCGAGUUUUGGUUGAGUGGGACGCUACAGAGGCGAGGCAGCGACUAUCCUCCUUUCUAUUUGACUAG